UCCGUGCGUGCGGUGCCCGGCCUCGCCCUCGCCAUGGCGCCCUGGCUGCAGGUGCUGUGGCUGCUGGGGCUGCUCCCGGGCGCUGCCCCCGCCCCGCCCGGCCGAGCAGCCGGCGCUCAGGCCUGGGAGCCGGCGUCCCCGGAGCUGCUGGGGCCCGCCCGCUUCGCCCUGGAGAUGUACAACCGCGGCCGGGCGGCCGGGAUGCGGGCCGUGCUGGGGGCCGUGCGCGGUCGCGUCCGCCGGGCGGGCCGGGGGUCGCUGUACUCCCUGAAGGUGACCCUGGAGGAGCCGCCCUGCAACGACCCCACGGUGUGCCAGCUCCCUGUGUCCAAGAAAACCCUGCUCUGCAGCUUCGAAGUCCUUGAUGAGCUAGGAAAACACAUGCUUCUGAGGCGGGACUGUGGCCCAGUGGAUACCAAGAUUACAGGUGCUGGGAUACCCAAGGAUGCUGGGAUAGCCCAGAUCAGACUUCACUCGGGUUCAGCCUUGAUUUCUUUGUUCCAACCCUAUCCAGAUGACAGAAGCGAGACUUUCAGUUCAGUCCUUCCACUGUUGAACAAGGACCCCCUGACCCAGGACUUUUCUGUGAAGAUGGCUUCAAUCUUCAAGGACUUUGUCACCACCUAUAACCGGACAUAUGAGACGAAGGAGGAAGCCCGGUGGCGCAUGUCCAUCUUUGCCAGUAACAUGGUGCGAGCGCAGAAGAUCCAGGCCCUGGACCGUGGCACAGCUCAGUAUGGAGUCACCAAGUUCAGUGACCUCACAGAGGAGGAGUUUCGCACCAUCUACCUGAAUCCCCUCCUAAAAGAGCAACCAGGCAUGAAGAUGCGCCGAGCCAAGUCCGUUGAUGACCCCGCCCCACCUGAGUGGGACUGGAGGAGUAAGGGGGCUGUCACUGAAGUCAAGGACCAGGGCAUGUGCGGCUCCUGCUGGGCCUUCUCAGUCACAGGCAAUGUGGAGGGCCAGUGGUUCCUGAAACGGGGGGCCUUGCUCUCUCUCUCGGAGCAGGAGCUCUUGGACUGUGACAAGGUGGACAAGGCCUGCCUGGGCGGCUUGCCCUCCAAUGCCUACUCGGCCAUCAAGACUCUGGGAGGGCUGGAGACAGAGGACGACUACAGCUACCAUGGCCACUUGCAGACCUGCAACUUCUCUGCAGAGAAGGCCAAGGUCUACAUCAACGAUUCAGUGGAGCUGGGCCAGAAUGAGCAAAAGCUGGCGGCCUGGCUGGCCAAGAAGGGCCCCAUCUCCGUCGCCAUCAACGCCUUUGGCAUGCAGUUCUACCGCCACGGGAUCUCCCACCCACUGCGGCCCCUCUGCAGCCCCUGGCUCAUCGACCAUGCUGUGCUGCUCGUGGGCUACGGCAACCGCUCCACAGUCCCCUUCUGGGCCAUCAAGAACAGCUGGGGCACUGACUGGGGUGAGGAGGGUUACUACUACCUGUAUCGUGGGUCCGGGGCCUGUGGGGUGAACACCAUGGCCAGCUCAGCGGUGGUGAACUGAGGAGUGCCAGCUCAGGACGCAGUGCUGACUAGAGCAGCCCCUUCCCCAGCCUGCCCCGCAUGUCCAGGCCCCUCCCCAGGAGGCACAGCUGGCUGAGGGACAGGCACCAGGUACCUCAGGGUGAGCAAAGGGCACUGGGCUAUGGGCAUGGCCCUACGGCCUCCACCCCACUCCCGCCCCGAAGUUCCUCAGCUGCACCUUUGCUGGAUUGUGGUAGCUAGGAGGAACUUGGGUGAAGGAUGAUGUCUUAGCAGCCGAAGCUGGGGCAAGAACCCUGGGCUUGGGUCAGGAGCAAGUGCGAAGAAAUCAUUCUGGUCUUAAACUCAGCUCUGUCCUCAGCAGGCCCUGGCUUCCCGCCCUGGCUUUCCUCUGUCUGAUGUUCUAAAUUUUCUGGUCCCCCUGGAUCUGGGGACAGUGUUCCCUUCCACAUUGUAACCACCCUUCCUAACAGCAAUAAAGACGUGUCCUGGG